AUGGCUGAAAAUAAACUAAAAGAGACCUUAGAGACCGAAAUAAAAUACAUGGAUGUUGAAGCCAAACAUGACAAAGGACAACUAACAGGUCAUGAAAAAGACUUCAGUCCUGAACCUGAUAAGGUUCAAGAUGAGGUCAUGGAAAUCAAAGUUCAUAAACCUUUUUGCCUCAGUUUCAGAGGGAUACCUACUUCUUUGAAGAUUCUUUGUGACAACGUUUCUGGUGCUCAUGUGCUUUCCGAAUCUCUCAACAGAUUGAUCAGUUUGGUAAGAACCAAGGUGGAUGAAACACUUCUCAACAUAAUGAUCCGGUUUUAUGAUCCUCUCAUUCACUGCUUUACUUAUAGGGACUUUCAGUUGGUUCCCACAUUAGAGGAAUUUUCCUCCAUCCUAGGAUUACCUGUGCCUGAUCAGAUGCCAUACACUGGCGAAGAAGAGGCACCUAAGUUGGAAGAUGUGGCUGCUGCAUUACACUUGCCUCGAUCAGAAAUCAAAAAGGUUUGGGUAAGCAAAGGAGAUUAUACUGGUGUACCAAUUGACUUCUUGUAUAGUCAAGCUGAUAUCUUAAUUAAUGCUAUGAGUAUGGAUGCUCUUGAAAAGGUCCUCGCUUGCCUAAUCUAUGGGCAAGUAUUGUUUCCAUGUUAUGACAAAAUCGUGGAUGUGAUUGCUCUCAAGAUCUUCAUUAGCAACAAUUUGGUUCCAACUUUACUAGGUGACCUGCUGCAUUCCAUUCAUCACAGAUCGUCUAAAGGCAAAGGUUGUGUUCUUGGAUGCGCACCAAUAUUGCAUAAGUGGUUUAUUUCACACUUACCCCGCUCCAUGAUAAAAAAUGAAGAAGGCUUGACAUGGGUUCAGAGAAUCAUAAGGCUCUCAUACGACGACAUUAUCUGGAGUCAAAAGGAUUUCGAAGGAACUCACUUGUUCGAUAGCUGUGGAGAUUUCCCAAAUAUACCUCUUCUUGGUACCCGAGGAGGGAUAACUUAUAAUCCCAUAUUAGCUCGACAUCAGUUUGGUUUCGCUUUGAAAGACAAGCCUCGCUCCAUAUACCUUAGUUCAGAAAAUUUUGAUUUUGGUUCAGACACGACCAGAAAGAAAAAGCUGUUCAUUAGAGCUUGGUCCAAGGUAAAGAAAGUAUGCACAAGAGAAUUAGGACCAAGAAACUACAUCCCUUCAGACCUUUAUUUUAGAUGGAUUUAUGAUCGAGUGAUUGAGCACGGUAUGCCAUACCCAUAUGAUACUCCUAUUGUGCCAAGGGUUACUCCUCUAGUUAUUCCUGUGGUUUUGGAGCCUUAUGUACCUGCUCCAAAGGAAGAUCUUACUGUUACCAUUGCUUCCUUGAGGAGAGAAAAGGCGGAUCUUGAAAGUCGUUUACAAAAAGUUGAAGCUGAAAAAGCGGUGUUGGUGGCUGAUGCUAAAGAGCGAGAUAGUAUGCUUGACUAUUUCUCCCGCAAAUGGAAGAUUGAGGAUUUCGUCUCUCCUGAUCAGAUACAAUCAUGGGAACGAGAGAUUGAUAGGCUCGUCCAAGAAAGGAAUGAGAUGAUCAAGCCUCACAAAGAAGAGAUCAGAAUUUUGAAGAGAAAGCGCCGAGCUGGAGAUUGA